AUGCACGAAAGUGCUCCUAUUGCAAGAAGCGAGGCAUGUGCCCAGUGCUUCCGGCUCACCAAGAAAUACCACACAAAUCUUAUCAUCAGGCCAGAUGAAGGAACGGCAGUGCCCGGCGACUUCCAAGAGACCAAGGGUCAAUAUCGUGAGGGCGGGGGUGACGACCCUUUAUACCCACACGCCGCAACCCUGGUGGAUCCUGGACUCAGCCGCGACUAUAGCCAUCGCCAAAAGAUUCCGUGCACUAACGCGCUUCGACGCGUCGUGCCAACUAACCCUCCUAUUUACAACCAACCAGCUAUGCUUCCA